CUGCCCACAGAGCGGCUACGUGAUACGUCACUACGCAUGCGUGUAGUUAGGUGCUACAGUCUCGCGAGAUGAGACUUGCGGCGUCGGGAUUUUCAGUAGAACCGGAGCGUCCGGUCAGAGAACGAAAAUGGAAAACGCCGCUGUAUUACUGGAGUCCAAGUCGCUACCAAUGAACCUUUUGAAUGAAAUGUACCAGCUGCGAUUACUUGGCCACCUCUGUGACGUAACUGUGAGAGUGGAGCACCAUGGGUCCAAAAUGGAGUUUAGCGCCCACAAAUCAGUAUUAGCGGCAUCCAGCAAAUAUUUUAAGGAGGUAUUUAUUAACAGUAACAUCCUGGAUUGCCCGAACGCUUACAUACACCUAAACGAAAUACCGUCGGUGGAUUUUGCGUCUUUCCUUGAUUUUGUAUACACUGCCAGGGUUGAGGUGGAAGAAGACAGGGUGCAGCGAAUGAUCGAUGUGGCAGAAAAACUGAGGUGUCCAGAAUUGGCCGAAACCUGUUUCCAGCUGAAAAAGCAGAUGCUUGAGUCUGUGUGGUUAGAUCUUCAGAAUAUCUCUGAGGUUCAAGAAGCUGACGAAGACAUUGACACACUGCAGCUAAACCCCCUAACUGGCCUUCAGUCACCAAUGGCAGAACCCACACAGAUCACAGAUCCCACUCCUCUGUUUACUGACAGCACCGUAGGGCAAAAUAUGGAUCAGGCGUGUGUGGAUACGGCUUUUAUAGCAACUGAAGAAAAUACAGAAAAGAAAAAAGAGGCCCUGAAAAAGCCACAAGCCAAACCCAAAAGAUCCACAGGGCGGGUAUCUGGAAAAAAAGCCGUCGUAGAGAUCCCUAAAAAGAAAUAUACAAGGAAGCUCCGUGAGCAGCAGAAUAUCGCUCAGACUCGGCCAAUAGAGAACGGCAAUGAUGGCGUGCAGGUCCCAAGCAAUAUGCAGACAGCAGAUGAGCAGAGUGAAGAUAGUGUCAAAGCCGAGGAUGACAGUCAUUGUGAAGACAGCGAGAGCUAUAAAAAUGGCGACCAGGAUAAUAAUGACCAAAGUGCAAACAUGGUUUCCUGUCCUGUCUGCGGGAAAAGCUUUGCAGAUGAAAAAAGUUUCCUGAAACACUCGAAGCAGGAACACCUGGAUUCGGAGAUUGUGUUUCGGUGCGACAUUUGCAGCCAGACAUUUGCCAAUAGGUGCAAUCUAAAGAGUCACCAGCGCCACGUUCAUAGCAACGAGAGACGCUUUCCUUGCGAACUGUGCGGCAAAAAGUUUAAAAGGAAAAAGGAUAUUAAGAGGCAUAUAAUCCAGGUCCACGAGGGCGGGCGGGAGAGACAUUUCUGCAAGUUGUGCGGGAAAGGUUUAAGCUCAAAAACAUCCUUGAGUCUCCAUGAGAGAACGCAUACGGGUGACAAACCUUUCAGCUGCCCUCACUGUCAAGCCAAAUUUUCUCAGACAUCUGCCCUUAAAACUCAUUUAAGGACUCAUACUGGAGAGAAGCCGUUUGUUUGCGAUGAAUGUGAUGCAAGAUUCACUCAGAACCACAUGCUCAUCUACCACAAAAGGUGCCACACAGGAGAAAAGCCUUUCAUGUGUGAAACCUGUGGGAAGAGUUUUGCGUCCAAAGAAUAUUUGAAGCAUCACAAUCGCAUCCACACCGGCUCCAAACCUUUUAAAUGUGAUUUCUGCUGCAGAACAUUUGCACAAAGGAAUUCCCUUUACCAGCACAUAAAGGUUCACACAGGAGAGCGGCCAUAUUGUUGUGAUCAGUGUGGAAAGCAAUUUACCCAACUGAACGCGUUGCAGCGCCACCAUCGUAUCCACACUGGAGAAAAGCCAUUCAUGUGCAGUGCGUGCCAGCGCACCUUUACCGACCAAUCAACUCUGCGGAGGCACACUUCUAUCCAUGACAAAAACACGCCAUGGAAGUCAUUCCUCGUAGUUCUGGACCCUGCCUCUAAAGAUGAAGGACAGAAAUCUGAGGAGGGUCGAGAGGACCUGCCUAACCCUGGAGCAGACAAAUUAACUUACCCAGAAAAUGGCCAUUAUCAGAAUUUGACUGUGGUCCCUGGAACAGUGGAUUUGUUGCCUGAAAACAGCACUACCUCUCUCAUUGGCUGCAAGCCGGACUGCGCGGUCAUACCUCAAGAAGUGUUCAUCGCCACCACUUUAAACCACCUGACCGUCCUUCAUGCACAGGGAGAAGCCAUUCAGGCUGUUGUAAAUCUCGAGUAGUUCUACUGCGCUCUUAGCACCAUUCCAAAUAACUCAUACAUUAAAUUCCCCAGAUCCAAGUUCUUCUUGCGAUAAAAUGGAAUCAAAUAAUUAUUUCCAGACUGGUUUUGAUUUUUUUUUUUUUUUUUUAUGAAUUACGUGCAAAAAUAAAUUUCAGUUCCAGUCUUAA